AUGACAGGAUAUUGGAGGAUUUCUCAAGUAGAGGUAUCCCACUCACACCCGCUUAAUCCGAAGCUAUUUGAAAUGUUCUCAGCAAAUCGUCAGCUAAGUAUACAUGUGAAGGACCUGAUACAGCAAAACAACCAAGCUGACAUUAGACCGAGUAAGACAUACCAGGCACUAGCCAAUGUCGCCGGUGGUCCUGCCAACCUCACCUUUAUGGAGAAGGAUGUUAUAAAUUACAUUAGUCGUCGCUUAUGCAUUUCUGGGGAUGAGACGGAUCCAAAAGAGUUACUUAAGCACUUCUCACGGAUGAAGGAGCUCAAUCCGAAAUUUUUCUUUGAAAUAGAUGUGGAAGAAAACCAUAGCAUUAGAAAUGUGUUUUGGGCCGAUGCUCGGGAAUAUUUUGGUGAUGUCGUGAUGUUUGACACUACUUACAAGACUAAUAGGUACGACAUGCCGUUUGGGUCUUUCAUAGGUGUCAACCACCAUGGGAUGUCUACGCUUCUUGGGUGCGCAUUAUUGUGGAAUGAUGACACUCAUAUGUUUGCUGACCGACACAUGUGGGUGCCAGUAUUUUUCAAAGACGAAUUCUGGACUGGCAUGAGGAGCACACAGCGUAGUGAGAGAAUGCAUUCAAUUUUCGAAGAGUACUUAAACAGUAAGAGCUCUUUGUUGUAA